AUGUCGAAUUCAAAGAAAAGAGCCGCAGAAGAUCCGGCCCCAGCCAAAAAGACCAAGAAGAGAAAAUCCAAACAUGCCGUUGAGGAUGAAAACCUCGACGCUGAGCUUGGCCUCAACAUGCUCUUCGCUAAGAUGGAUAGCCAGUUGCUGGCCGAUUACCACGUGCAAAAGCUGGCGAGAUUCGGCACUGAUUUGAGCCCUGUCGAGUUAUCAGACUUGGCUUUGUCAGCCGCUGCUAUCAAGGACACCACCUCAUGGCAGCAAACUAGAUCAUUGGACAAUUUGCCAAGUUUCCUGGAAGAGUUUUCAGAGCACCCCGAGAGCUUGAGCAGGGCGCAGAAGAAGAAUGGCAUGCCUCACACAAUCGUUGUUGCUGGCGCGGGAUUGAGAGCCGCGGAUCUUACCAGAGCUCUACGAAAAUUCUCAGGCAAGGAUAGCUUGGUUGCGAAACUGUUUGCAAAGCACAUGAAAGUCGAAGAACAAGUCACGCUGCUUAAAAACAAAAAGAUUGGGGUUGGUGUCGGCACACCGGCGCGUCUCAUGGAGCUUAUUGACAAUGGUUCAUUGUCGCUAGAUAAGCUGCAGCGCUUGGUCGUCGAUGCCUCGCACAUUGACCAGAAGAAGCGAGGCGUCAUGGACAUGAAAGACACGAUGAUGCCGCUUGCACGGUUUCUUGCGAGGAAGGAGUUCAAGGACCGAUACGGCGACGAGAAGAAGCCCCUUGACUUGAUGUUCUACUAA